UUUCAUUUCAUGAAUCGCUCAAAUCACACAUUCAUCUGACGCGAUUUUUUCAUUCCUGCCUCUCCAAUUCUCCACCUACCUUUCUCAAUUCAUUCAAUUCUCUCCCAUUUUGUACAGUAAAUACUUCAAUUUGAUUUUGUGUUAACAGUAUUUUUAUUUUUUUUUCUCGCGUUUUAAUCUGUGGUUUUCGUUACCGUUCGGGGUUUUCCAUGUUUCUUCUGGGAUAGGGUCAGUGUUGGUUUUCUUUUUCGAGGUUGAUUUUGCUGAUCGAUCUGCGUGUAAGGGAUAUGGGUGCCGACGGUGAUUCCAGCGAGCACCGGGUUGAGGGCGGUGGCGAUGGUGAAGAAGGUGGAGUUGGUGUUUCUGUCAAUAUUCGUUGCUCUAAUGGUUCGAAAUUUUCGGUGACGACGAGUCUUGAUUCCACGGUUGGGACAUUUAAAUCAAUUCUUGCUCAGAAUUGUGAUAUUCCAGCUGAUCAACAGCGAUUGAUCUACAAGGGUCGCAUCUUGAAGGACGAUCAGACCUUAGUCAGUUAUGGGUUACAGGCAGAUCAUACUAUUCACCUGGUUCGUGGGUUUCCCCAAGGUUCGUCAGCACCUGCUUCUAAUGAUAAUAAUAGAAGUUCUGAGACUGCUCCCGGUGUUACAAGAGGUGUUGGUUCCACUGGGAGUGAUGCUUUUGGAAAUGCUGGCCUUGGUGCAUCUUUGUUUCCUGGACUAGGUUUCAAUUCUCUCGGUGGGGGUGGAGCUGGACUUCCUGAGUUUGAACAAGUGCAACAGCAGUUGACUCAGAAUCCAAACAUGAUGAGGGAAAUAAUGAACAUGCCUGCAAUCCAGAACUUGAUGAAUAAUCCUGACAUGAUGCGGAGCUUAAUUAUGAGCAAUCCUCAGAUGAGGGAUAUUAUUGACAGGAACCCCGAGCUUGCGCAUAUACUCAAUGACCCUGGUAUUCUUCGGCAGACAUUAGAGGCUGCAAGGAAUCCAGAACUCAUGAGGGAGAUGAUGAGAAACACUGACAGAGCGAUGAGUAACAUCGAAUCUUCUCCUGAGGGAUUUAACAUGCUGAGACGGAUGUAUGAAAAUGUUCAGGAGCCAUUUCUGAAUGCAACAACGAUGGCUGGAAAUGCUGGGAAUGAUUCGAGUUCAAACCCAUUUGCAGCUCUCCUGGCAAACCAAGGGGGUGCACAAGCUAGGAACGAGUCUAAUAAUUCUUCUACUACAGGAUCGGAAACAACCGAAAAUGCUGCUCCGAAUACGAAUCCACUUCCUAAUCCCUGGGGAGGAACUCAGACAACAACCACACAGCCUACUCCAGUAGGUGAUGCAAGGCCUGGUAUUGGGGGUUUAGGAGGGGCUGGUCGCACAAAUGUGGAACGUUCUGUUGGUGGCACGCCGGAUGUAGCUCAGUUGAAUCAGUUUCUGCAGAACCCGGCUAUUUCACAGAUGAUGCAGAGCCUGCUCUCCAAUCCUCAGUAUAUGAAUCAAAUCCUCAAUCUCAACCCACAGAUACGGGGUAUGGUUGAUAUGAAUCCUCAAUUAAGAGAAAUGAUGCAAAAUCCCGAGUUCGUUCGCCAAUUAACUAAUCCUGAGAUGAUGCAGCAAAUGCUAUCAAUUCAGCAGUCACUUUUCUCGACCUUAAAUCGACAGCCUUCAUCUCAGAAUUCUGCUCAAUCGGGCACUGCUGCAGGUGUUCCUAACACUGCUGGAUUGGAGAUGUUGAUGAGCCUGUUCGGUGGGCUUGGCGCCGGUGGGUUGGCUACUCCGAACAAUCCAAACGUGCCCCCAGAAGAACUAUAUGCAACCCAACUUUCACAGCUCCAAGAGAUGGGUUUCUUCGACACCCAAGAGAACAUCAGAGCUCUACGUGCUACAUCCGGGAACGUCCAUGCUGCUGUCGAGCGACUGCUGGGAAAUCUCGGGCAGUAAACUGAACCGAUCUACCAUUUUUCUUUCGAAAUUGAAUUGAGAUUUAUCAUGCUGGACGAUAUGUAGUAGUGAAAAUUUAGAUCUACAGACACCAACCAAACACAGCUGCACAUGCCACAGACAUAUACAGGUUAUGUUUUGGAAUCUGAAUAAUUGAAAUGCCCCAUGAGAUAUAUAUAUAUAUAUAUAUAGAUAUAUAUAUAUAUAGACUUGUUGAUAUAA